AUGAUAUAAAAUUCAGCAAUAUUCACAAAUUUAGAAAAUUUGGAAAACUCAAUUUUCUUUAACAUUAGCAAAGCAACAUUAAAAUUUAGUGAAAAAAUUAAAAAUUUGAAGCUUGCUUAAAGAUUAGGAAAUAAUUUAGGACAGUAUAUAAAUCUAAUACAUUUGAUGUUAGAUUUUAGCUGGAAUCCUUUAGGUGAAAAAGAAACAUCAUUCAUCUUCCAAGGAUUAGGAAAAUGUGUAAACCUUAAAUGUUUAACUCUUUAAAUGAGUUCAAAUAAAAUCGGAGCUUCGACUUUACAAAUAUUGGCAUUAGAAAUGCAAAAUUGUAGAAAAAUCAAUGAGUUAACAAUAGAUUUAAAUAAAAAUAUCAUAAAUAAUAAGGGUGCUUCUAUAAUAGGGCAUUUAAUUGGAAAUAUGGAAUAUUUAGAAAAAGUUAUGCUUGAUUUAAGAUGGUGUUCUAUUGAAGCUAGUGGUGGAUCUGAAUUAGGAAUAGGAAUAGGAAAUAGUCCAUCUCUUAAAGAUUUAGAGAUUUCCCUUGGAGGAAAUACUAUUUGUGGGCAGGGAGCAACAGACUUAUGCUUUGGCUUAUCAAAUUCUAAAAGUUUGAAAGCAUUAACCUUGAAGUUUACAGGAAAAAAUUAAAUUGGCGAUGAUGGAGUUUAUGGCAUGUGUUCUGGUUUGGUUUAAUUUGAAAAUCUAUAGCUAUUGACUCUAGAUUUACGCGACAGUAAUAUAAGUGCUUACGGAGCUUCUGAUCUUGGUUAUGGGCUUGGAAACUGUUAAAAUCUACAAUUUCUUACUUUAAACUUAGCUUCUGAUUAUUUUUAGAACUUUUAAAAUAAAGUUGGUAAUGCUGGAGUCUAAGGUUUGAUAUUAGGACUUAGUAACUCAUCAAAACUUAAAACCUUAAAGCUUGAUUUAAGUUAGAAUUAAAUAAAUAGAAUCGAUAAAGUAUGUAUCUCAGGGUUUUUUAAUUUAUUAAUGCUUACAAGCAUGGAGCUCUGUUUGAACUCAAAUAAAAUGAAUCUGCAAGAUUAGAAAAAAUUCUUAGCAAAGACAAAGACUAUGAGAAGAUUAGUUAAAUACAAUGUUAAAUGCUCUUGA